AUGAUCCUCCAACCAGCCACCACCCCCGAAGCCGACCAGCAACUAGCCCUCUUCCAAGCCAUCCCCUGGUGCGCGGCCCACCUCUCCGGCUACCCCCACACACUCGCCAUCGGCCCCUCCCUCACCCAGCGCCGCUCCCGCUUCCCCGGCGACGUCUACUUCUCGCACACCCUCAACGCCCCCGGCGCCCUCAUCGCCCUCCUCAACUUCUACCCCCCCCCACCCCUGCCCCUCUACCACCACCACCACCACCGCCGACCCCAACAACCCCCUCGGCCCCGAACCCCUCAUCACCCGCGUCCGCGCGUUCGCCGCGCUAGGCCCCAUGCUCAACGGCUGGGACGGGGUGUGCCACGGCGGGGUGGUGAGCACGCUGAUGGACGAGACGAUGGCGCAGGUGUUUGUGGCGAACCAGCGGCACGGGUUGUUGGCGGACGUCCCGGUGAUGACGGUGUAUCUGAAUACGCGGUUUUUGAAGGCGGCGAGGACGGGGACGGUGCAGGAACCGGGGGUGGUGAUGGUUACGGCAAGGGUGGUCAGGAGGGAAGGGAGGAAGUUUUGGACGGAGGCGGAUGUCCAGGAUGGGGAGGGGGUGGUGCUGGCGAGGGCCGAGGCGUUGUUUGUGGUGGCGAGGGCGAUGUUGUAAGGGGAGAGAGGGGGGUGGGGGUUGUAUGCAUCAUGGGGGGUCAUAGGUCAUAG